AUUGGGAAAAGCUGUUAAAAAAAGUACAUGCUCUUACAUUCAUUACAUUCGUACAGGGAACUUACAUUCUAAUACCGGUUUUUAAUACACAUAUGGAACCCAGGUCAAUGGCAAGGGAAAUGAGGGAGUAGUCCUUUUUGAGCAUUCUUUGCUUUGCAGUACGAUAUGUUCUUGAUUUUUGCCUCUUUUUAGUUAGUAAAAGCCAUUCCGAUUUUUUUUUUUUUAUUUUCGUAUGUCCAAACGCACCCUAAAUACACGUAAGCUGUAUUAGAGGCAAGAGGGGGUUGCCACAGUCAGGUUUGGUCCAUCCUGGUGGCACGUCGUCUGUGGACGUAGCGUGUGCGCAUUCCCACAUGCAUGCUAGGCGCACAGGUAACGGAGAAAGUGGGGUCUUCCCGCGAAGCCAUGGGAGUGCCUGAGGCUAUGGCUGAGCGCCCUCCUGUGAGGGGCCACACCUGCUAAGGUGUCUGCUGGGGACGAUCGUAUUUUUCGGUGCCUUGGACACGACCGAGGAAAACAAGCAGCAAAAACUUUUUAAGAUAAAACGCCAUUUAUCAGCCCGAAUAACUCAGUAGUAAAAGGAUUAGUCAUUAAAAACGUCUGUAACAUAGUAUAAAGAGUGAGAGACAGAGGGACUCCAAUUUGCGCGCUUCUCCCUCGCCUCCGCCUUUGGCGGCUCCCGGGUUCCGCUUAAGCGGCCGCGCUCCUGGGAGCCCUCCGCCCUCCGCCCCCCGCCCUCCUCGGCGUUGCGCUUGACCCCGAGGGGCGGGGCGUGCCGUGCGUCACGUCGCCGUUCCGUUACGCAAGCUGCGCCCCUGCGCUCCCCGCCGCCUCGUGUUUGAAGCUGCGCACCGGGAGACAACGGUGGCAUCGGCGCGCCAUGGAGCCGAGGCUAGUGAAGCCGCCGGGGCAGGAUUUGGUAGUGGAGCGUCUCAAAAGCCGCUACGGAUUAGGGGGCAGCCGCUUCGCCGAGUAUGAUUUUUCAGAUUUUGAUCAGGCUGAAUGGAAGAGAAGAUCGCUAACCUCCCCAGAUGAUUUGGAUAUCUGCUCAUCUGGAGAUAAAGUGGGUUCAUCAUUAAGAUGUUAUUCUGAUGAAAGAAAGCAUUGCACAACACCGCUUUGUAGUUCAUUCAAACGCUUAAAUGUGAAUUGCCUAGAUGAUGAACUGGAUUCUUUUCAAGAUUUAAAGCAACGAGAAACAAAAGAAGAGUUAAUUGAGAAUGAUCAUAGAAUUAAUACCUCCAAAAUAAGCAAACAAUCUUUUAAAGACAUAGAAAAAGCAUUUGCCCAGCCAACUAAUUUGGCACCAAAUUCAAGAAAUUGGACUGAAUGUUGUAAUAAUGCAAGUGACUCCCCUCUGAGACGUGUCAGCUGUUCGACAUCUAAAACACCAAACAAGGAGAGAAUACUUCCACAUCAGAUAAAUCAGAUCUAUGAUGAAUUAUUUCAAAUACACCAGAAACUGCAGUGUGAAACUGCAGCACAACAGGAGUUUGCUGAAGAACUUCAAAAGCGGGAACGUUUUUUAGUUGAAAGAGAACAACUACUUUUCAGACAUGAAACUGCUUUGAGUAAAAUUAAAGGUGUCGAAGAAGAGGUUCUUACAAGAUUUCAGAUUAUAAAGGAGCAACACAGUGCAGAAGUUGAGCACUUAACUGAAGUUCUUAAGGAAAGAAAUAAAGAAAGCAAGAGGCUAAGGUCCUCUUUCGAUGCAUUGAAAGAAUUGAAUGAUAACUUAAAAAAGCAGUUAAAUGAAGUAAGUGAAGAAAACAAGAAGAUGGAGAUUCAGGCUAAGAGAGUUCAAGCUCGUUUAGAUAAUUUACAGAGGAAGUAUGAAUUUAUGACGAUACAGAGAUUGAAAGGAAAUUCUCAUGCUGCUAAUGAAAUGAAAAGUUUAAAACAAGAAAAAGUACCAGUCUCAAAAACUCACAAGGUACCACUUAAUGCACAAGUUUAUGAACUUUUAACUGUCUUCAUGGACUGGAUUUCAGAUCAUCACCUUAGUAAAAUAAAAAGCGAAGAAUCUGGAAUGGAUGGUGAAAAGCCGCUACUCAGAUUUGCUUCUCAGAGAAAUGAUAUUCAGGAGAGGUGUAUAAAGCUUUUGCCUGUGAUGACAGAGCAGCUACAGUGGAUGCCAUUUGUGAAUACCAAACUUCAUGAGCCUUUUGUAAAAUUUAUAUAUUGGUCUCUAAGACAGCUAGAUGCUGGAACACAGCAUUCAACCAUGACAUCAACAUUGAGGAGAUUGGGUGAAGACAUAUUCAAAGGAGUAGUAACUAAGGGAAUUCAAGAUAAUUCUUUAGAAUAUUCAGUGGAGAAUAAACCAAAGACAGCUGCUUUCUUUAAGAGCUCCAAUUUACCAUUGAGAUUUUUAUCAACUUUAAUUGUUCUCAAAACAGUCACUCAAGCUGACUACCUGGCUCAGGCGUUUGAUUCUCUCUGUUUGGACUUAAAGACAGAUGAAGGAAAAGUCUUGUUUUUGGAGUAUAAAGCUGUUCCAGUAAUACUAAAUCAUCUGCGAAUAUCCAGUAAAGGACUCCUCUCUAAUGUCAUUGAUAGUUUGCUUCAGAUGACAGUGGAAUCUAAAUCCUUGCAGCCCUUCCUGGAAGCCUGUAGCAACACUCUAUUUUUUCGGACUUGCUCUGUGCUGCUUCGAACCCCUAAGCUUGAUCUUCAAAUACUGGAAAAGCUCAGUAUUAUUCUGCAGAAACUUUCCAAAAUCAAGAGUAAUAAGAAGCUCUUUGAACUUUUUACUAUUCAUCUGAUGCUUCAAGAAUUACAAAGGACAACACACCCAGAGCAUAAUGAGAACAGCUACACCAACAUUCCUUCCCAAGCAGCUAAUCCGAACACUGCCAACAAAAACUUCUGCAGAGGACUGAUGCCGAGAGACGAGGAAUGA